CCCUCCCUCCCGCACUAGUGAGGUGUCAGUGCGCGCGGGAGGCUGGUGGCAGUGCUGGGAGCGAGGAGCGCAGCGCAGCGCAGGCAAGGCGCAGCGGCAGCAUGAAAGGCUCCUACCUGGCCUGGGAGCUGGCGGGCGCUGUGCUGCUGCUGAGCUUUCCAACAGGUGGCACAAUACCUUCUAUUACUCCAGAAAAAUCUUCCUUAGUUGUGAAUAGCGGACAAGAAGUAAGACUGAGAUGCAAUGAUGAUGGUCCAGUGACUUGGGAUUUUCAGAACUCAGACCCUUCAGGAAAGCCAAGACAUUUCAGGAAUAAGGAGUGGAACAUAAAAAAUGCAUCAGCCAAAGAUACAGGCAGAUACAUAUGCAAAAACAAAGAGAGUGUGAACACCUCCAUUUAUGUUUUUGUUAAAGAUCCACAGAUCCUUUUCCUUACUGACUCUGACCCUUUCAUCUACGUAAACGAGGACAGUGAUGCUCUUGUGGUGUGUCCAGUGACAGAUCCAGACGUUUCACAUUUCACCUUGAAAUUAUGUGGUGGCAAACCAUUCCCCGAGAAUUUGACGCUUAUUUCCAAUCCCCAGAAAGGAAUCACUAUCAGACAUGUACAAAGAUCAUUUAAAGGGUGCUACCAAUGCUCGGCAAAACAAAAUGGAGUUGAGACAAUUUCAGAAAAUAAAUACCUGAUUGUAAGGCCAGUUCACAAAGCCCUCCCUGUUAUCACCUUAUCCAAACCCAGCCAGCUUCUCAAAGAAGGGGAAGAAUUUGAAGUUACAUGCACAAUAAGAGAUGUAGAUAGUUCGUUAAAAGCUAAUUGGAUUCCUCAAAAUAACACGACUGUUAAAAGCAAAAGCAAGAAUAUCGGUGAUUAUGAAUAUGAAAGGAAAUUAACAUUGAGCAUCCGUUCAGUGGGAGUUAAUGAUUCUGGAGCAUUCACAUGCCAAGCAAGAAACUCUUUUGGAUCAUCCAAUGUCACAAUAACCUUGAACGUACUAGAUAAAGGAUUUGUCAAUGUGUCUACUACGAAGAAUACAACAGUAGAUGUAAAUGCUGGGGAAAAUCUAAAUUUAAUAGUUGAGUAUGAGGCGUAUCCAAGACCAGAAGAAGAAGUGUGGUUGUAUAUGAAUGAAACAUUACACAAUUCAUCUGAUCACUAUGUCAAAUUCAAGACUGUGGGCAAUAACAGAUACAGGAGUGAACUUCACCUUACCCGAUUAAAAGGAACAGAAGGAGGCAUUUACACAUUUUUUGUAUCCAAUUCUGAUGCCAAGUCCUCUCUAACAUUUAAUGUCUAUGUGAACACAAAACCAGAGAUUCUCACCUCAGACAGACUUAGCAAUGGCAUGCUCCAGUGUGUGGCAGCUGGCUUCCCUGCCCCUACAAUAGAUUGGCGUUUUUGUCCAGGAACUGAGCAGAGGUGUUUCGAUUCACCAGCUAUAUCUCCUGUGGAUGUGAAGAUCUAUUCUAGAAAUUCAUCCUUUCCAUCAUUUGGAAGGAUAGUGGUUGAAAGUACCAUUGAUGCCAGCACGUUCAAAAACAAUGGCACUAUAUCAUGUGAGGCUUCCAAUGAUGUUGCCAGAAGUACUGCUUUUUUCAACUUUGCUGUUAAAGAACAUAUGAGUACCCACACCCUCUUCACUCCUUUACUGAUAGGGUUUGGAGUAGCAGCAGGACUGAUGUGCAUCGUAGUAAUGAUUCUUGUGUACAAAUAUCUACAGAAACCUAAAUAUGAAGUUCAGUGGAAAGUCGUUGAAGAAAUAAAUGGAAACAACUAUGUUUAUAUAGACCCAACACAACUUCCUUAUGAUCAGAAAUGGGAGUUUCCUAGAAACCGAUUGAGUUUUGGUAAAACUCUUGGUGCUGGAGCUUUUGGGAAAGUUGUGGAGGCUACUGCAUAUGGUCUGUUUAAAUCUGAUGCUGCAAUGACAGUAGCAGUAAAAAUGCUCAAACCUAGUGCCCAUUUAACAGAGAGAGAAGCCUUAAUGUCUGAACUCAAAGUUUUGAGUUACCUUGGUAACCACAUUAAUAUCGUGAAUCUACUUGGAGCCUGCACUAUUGGAGGCCCCACUCUGGUCAUCACGGAAUAUUGCUGCUAUGGUGAUCUUUUGAAUUUUCUGAGAAGGAAACGCGAUUCAUUUAUUUGCCCAAAGCAUGACGAAUAUGCAGAAACAGCAGUUUACGAGAACCUUCUGCAUCAAAAAGAGCCUGCAUGUGAUGUCAUCAAUGAAUACAUGGACAUGAAACCAGGAGUCUCUUAUGUUGUUCCACCAAAAGCAGAUAAAAGAAGAUCAGGGAGGACAGGAUCAUAUAUGGAUCGAGAUGUUACCAUUGCCAUAUUAGAAGAUGACGAAUUGGCUCUGGACGUUGAAGUUCUACUGAGUUUUUCUUAUCAGGUGGCAAAGGGCAUGAGCUUCCUUGCCUCCAAAAAUUGCAUUCAUAGGGAUCUGGCGGCAAGAAACAUUCUUCUCACUCAUGGUCGAAUAACAAAAAUUUGUGACUUUGGCCUUGCUAGAGAUAUAAAGAAUGACUCAAAUUAUGUGGUCAAAGGAAAUGCUCGGCUUCCUGUAAAGUGGAUGGCACCUGAAAGUAUUUUCAACUGUGUUUAUACUUUCGAGAGUGAUGUCUGGUCUUAUGGAAUAUUGCUUUGGGAACUGUUUUCUUUAGGAAGCAGCCCCUACCCUGGAAUGCCUGUGGACUCUAAGUUUUAUAAAAUGAUUAAGGAAGGAUACAGAAUGUUUAGUCCAGAAUGCGCACCAGUUGAAAUGUAUGAGAUAAUGAAGAGUUGCUGGGACGCUGAUCCUUUACAGAGACCAACAUUUAAGCAAAUUGUACAGCUAAUUGAGCAGCAGCUUUCAGAUAAUGCAAACCAUGCUUACUCAAACUUUUCACCCCAUCAAGGAAAUGCUGCAGAUCACUCAGUGAGGAUUAAUUCUGUGGGCAGCAGCGCAUCAUCUACUCAGCCCCUUCUGGUACGCGAAGAUGCUUGAAAGAGGAGAGGGACAUCUGGAAAAUAGGCAGCCCAGAUGGAUUAGGCACUCUUAUUCUGCAGGGGACGAGAGAGAGUAGACAUUAAUGAUUUGUCUUACUUUACUCACUACCAAGGUAGUCUGAACAUUGCUAUAAUACUGUCCUUUACCACGCACCAUUACACGUAAACUUAGUCCAUCCACCACAGCCAUUGUUGCAGUGUUGACUGAAGCUGUAUAUACUUUGCUAUAUUGUAUGUUUUUGCAGUAGGGAGUCAUAUAAACAAAAAUCUAAAUCUUAAACCUGGAUCUGGAGCUAGAUGAAUACAAACCAAACCAACUAUUAAACAGUGCAUCUGUAGAUCUGUGCCUGGAAAGCUAAUAGUCAUUUUCUGAUUGCUUGGUUGUUGGGGAUUUUUUGCUACAUUUCUGAAAUAAAUAAAUACAUACACACAUACAAAUAGCUGCUUGCAAGUGGCCAAGUCUAAAACCCUACCAAUGUCACAAGCAGGUGUUCUGAAUUGGAUGCCAUGAGAAGAGGGUACCAUGUGGACAUGGAGAGGGGUGGGAGUGAGCAGAAUAACAUCUCCUCCCCCAACCCCCCAAACACCUCAGCCUGUGCAUCCCCUAGACCACUGAAGGACUCUGCAAUUAGGGAGGGCUUUCCAGACACCUGGGGAAGGAGAGCAUUGUGGAACUUCUCUCCCCUUCCAUCAUGUCUAAGUUUAAGAUUCUGUCAUGGGUAUUUUUGGUAAAAGUCAGGAACAGGUCAUGUGCAAAUUCACAGAAGCCCAUGACCUGUCCCUGACUUUUAUUCAAAAUAACUCUGACAAAAUGGGGUGACAGGGGGAUGAGAGCCCAAGCCCUGCUUCAGGUUGGGGAAAGCGGGGUCCAGCACCCACUGCUUCAGCUGACAGCUCUGGGGCCCCUUGGCGCCCACAGUGGCUCAGAGCUCCAGGGUCCUUCUGCCUCCCACAGUGACUCGGCGCUCCAGGGUCAGAGGCUUGGAGCUCUGGGAAUUCCUGACACCAGCAGCUGCUGAGAGUUGCAGGGGCCCUCACCACCCACAGAAACUGAGAGCUGUGGUUUAGAGUUCCAGGGGCCCAGCUGGCUGACAUCUCCAGCCCUGCUCACCCCAGGGCUGAAGGGAAAUGUCACGAAGGUCUCUGGAAGACACAGAAUCCAUUACUUCUGUGACCGCCGUGACAUAAUCUUAGCUUUACUCAUGUUCCAGCCCAUGUUUCACACAGUUUUCAUUCCAAGCAAAGAGGGUGGUGUUACAGGGUGGAAGGGGAGAAGUACAUGCUUGGCUAAUAUUUGUAUCUUAAAAAUGGACAAAAAAUGUGUAAGAGAAUAAUCUCUUUCCAUAGCUGUAGUAGUUUGAUCUGGGUACAGAGGAGAUGUUUAUAGUAGGAUCCACAUACCUUAAGGACAGGCAGUUAAUUUUUCACCUUAUUUUAAAAAAAGAGCACAGUCAAAGAAUUCUUUUUUCCAGAGGGCCCCUUGUGUUCAUACACAAGUGUAAAUUUCCCACAGAUGGGCCCACGUACCGUAACUUGGAAAGGCUUUGUUCUCAGUCCUUCUCUUUCCAGCUGAAUAUUAUAUGAUGGUAAAAUUAAUAAGAGGAAAAGAUUAUUAAUUGGGAAACAUUGGAUCUUAAUGUAGCAGAACACAAAAUAUAGCUUCAGCCUUAUUUUACAGAUAUGUAGAUGUUGGGUUACAAUAUGUUUUUUAAAAAUACUAGCUCUGAGCCCAAGACUCUGCUUAAGUGUCCGAAACAACCAUUUUUUCCAGCACGAAUACUGCUAGUUCGUCUCUUCCUAUAUUCCUGUCAAGUAUAAAUCAGCAAAAACAUUGAAAGAAGCAUGUAGGAGGCAGUACUACUUAAGUACCUAUUUAUUUACAAUGCGCCUGCACUUAAGCACUCUGUUAUUUAUACUCAACAUACCAGUCAGUCUCGUUGUUUUGAGUUUACAUUUACUUUUUAUGUGUAACUAACUGCCCAAAACAAGAUAGCUGUAAAUGCACACACUGGUAUUAUAAUUUUAAUACCACACGUUUUCAUACUUUAUUUUAUACAACCAUGUAUUUGGUAUAUAGUUUUAGAAAUUUGUUAACCAAUCUUAAAAUAGCCAUUUGCACUGGACCUAUCUAUGCUGUUGCACCUUUCUAAAGUUAGCCAGUUGUUUGGGGGCACACUUAUGCAUAUCAUACUUGUUGUUGAGCAUUAUUGAUUCAAUGCUAUGAAAAUUCUUUUGUAGUGUGCUGGCUUUCAGAGCUAUUGUAGACAGUCUAGUUGGUAUAAUUGUAGGUGUCUCGGUACUUUGCGGGCACUUAGCUGAAAGAAUUUUUGGUCUCAAAUAUUCUUUAAAUUUAUAUUUUUGUAAUUUGGGUUUUUUGAAACUUAUUUUGCAGUGACUUGAUGUUUUAAAUGGUUUUACGCAUUUUUUUUGUAAAUAUGGAAAUGUAGCAAUAAUGUCAUUUUGACUAGUCUCAGUCCUUGAGUCACAAAAAUAUUUUUAUAUAUAUAGAGAGAGAGAAAUGCAAAAACCAUAUGUAUAAAUAAUGUAUGUGUUUGAAAGUUUAUGAAACACUUUUGGAUAUGUUGUCCAGUUGUAGAAUUGCAGUUCUAAAGAGUUCAAAUAAAAAUGUAAAUACACAUUCCUAUGCUACUGAUGUGUAAUAUCUUAAAAUGUAAUAUUUCUUUUAGUUAUAAAUCUUAAUAAAGUCUUGGGUGGAUGCAAAA